UUGACUUUCACAUCAUCGCUUUGAGAUGCCGGCAUGCAAAUUUAAUCUUGAGAGGGAUCCGCCGGUGUAUAUGUGUGGCGAAAAAGUGGUCGGUUAUGUAGAAGUGACAUUUGUCAAGGAUAGAUUACUCGAAGAUAUACGCAUAAUUUUUCGUGGCAUGGCUACAGUAAGUUGGGUUGACACCAUGACACGUUUUCCCAAAUUGUAUUCCGGUGAGGAGACAUAUAUGGAAAUGGAAACGAUCGUCUUUCAAGGUGGUCCCCUACUGGCCGACACAUAUAGAUACAAUUUUUACUUUCAUGUACCGGAUGUCUGCCCAACCACUUGUACUACCGAUAUUGGUAAAAUUUUUUGUGAAUUAAUAGUACUUGUGAGUUUCGAGAAUGAGGGCAAGAGUAAGUUCCCCACCGAAAUUAUGGUGAUCCAAACGUUCGAUAUUGAAAAAGUACCAAAUGCAAUGCUGCCAGUCGAAUGCAGUGAUGAAAUGUUUUUCUGCUGUUGGCCUUGUGCUGCCGGUCCAGUCGCCGUGUAUUUGAAAUCAGCACGUUAUGCCUAUAUACCCGGCAAUACCAUCGAGUUCAGCAUUGGACUGACAAACAAGUCGAAACGUUUUAAAUUUCGCACUACUCUGACCACUUACCUCAUACAGAUUUACAAAUACAUCGCAGAGGAACCACGCCAUCGUUCGCGUUACAUAUCGUAUAUCUUGAAUAGCGUGAAAAAGCAUAUAAUUGUGGAGUCGGGGGAUAUAGCUGUACUGGACGAUCAAUUCUCUGUGCCACCUCUACCACCGUCCACCCAGGGUAAUCACAUAAUAUCCAUUAAAUACGAACUCCGUCUGGAGAUACGUAUCAAUGCGGUCUCACGUUCAACGACGAGUUUGGACCUACCCAUCGUGAUAGGUACAAGCGUGGAAAGUGCAGCAGCGCAUACUGUGUUAGUGAAUAAAUGAAAAAAACAAUUUUCCUCUAGAUAGGGAGGCAAAGAAGUAGGCGCUGGUAGUACAUACGAGUACAUACAUACAUACUUAUUUGGUAUGCUUCACGCCCACUGUCAGUGCUUUCGCUAUAUAUAU